CUUCCAGGUUUUAAAAAAUUCAAGGGACAAGAGCCUAAUCCCCCUAGCCCAUUCACUUCGCCCCUGUUUUCGUUCCCAUAACCAAAAAUCACCCAAAAUUCUCAUUUAUAUGUAACAUAAUUUCUGCUGUCUAAUGUGGAUUGGGAAGGAAGAAGAUGUCAGUAAUGAAUGGAGGAGCGUCCCAUGGAGAAGCUUGGAAAGCUCAUGCCUCCAUGGCGUUGGUGCAGCUCAUGCAUGGAGGCUAUCACGUAAUUACCAAAGUAGCCCUCAAUGUUGGUGUCAACCAGCUUGUCUUCUGCGCCUUCCGCGAUGUUCUUGCUCUCUCUCUUCUUGCCCCCAUCGCCUAUGUUCAUGAAAAAAGUAUUCGACCUCCUAUGACCAAACGCCUCCUCCUGUCUUUCUUCUUUCUUGGGUUAACUGGGAUUUUCGCCAACCAGCUUUUAUUUCUCAUUGGUCUAAGCUAUACGAAUCCAACUUAUGCUGCUGCCAUACAGCCUUCGGUUCCAGUCUUUACCUUUCUCUUGGCUGUAAUGAUGGGUACAGAAAGAGUGACUUGGCUAAGCAUUGAAGGUCAAGCCAAGGUUGGAGGUACCCUAAUCUGUGCUUCUGGUGCAAUAUUAAUGGUUCUGUUUCGUGGUCCAGCCUUGCUUGGACAGAUGGAUGCAGACUUUGCUGAUCAAAAUGACAUCAGUGCCAGGGGUCAACCAGAAGGUGCUGGAUGGCUUAUUUCUAGUCUCCUCGCAUUUGGGCUUGAACAUUGGCAUGUUGGAGUUUUAUGCUUGAUAGGAAACUGUAUGUGCAUGGCUGCUUUCCUGGUCAUUCAGGCUCCAAUUUUGGCCAAGUAUCCUGCCAACAUUUCUGUCACCGCAUUAUCCUAUUGUUUUGGUGCUGUAUUGAUAGUAGCAACAGCAUUGCUUAUGACGAAUGAAUCAACAGACUGGAGUCUAACACAGUCUGAGCUUUUUGCAGUCUUGUAUGCUGGAUUUGUUGCAUCUGCUCUAAACUAUGGACUGCUGACAUGGUCGAACAAGAUCUUGGGGCCUGCUUUAGUUGCUCUCUAUAAUCCACUUCAACCUGCAGCAUCAGCCUUUCUGUCAAGAAUUUUCCUUGGAAGUCCAAUUUAUUUGGGAAGGUUGGUUUCAUUUCUGUUGCUACCAGGCUUCCACUACAACCUAAUGUGUUACACUAAAAGUAGUUUGUGUUUCUCCAAAGGCUGAGAUAUAGAGAAGGAGAAAAAGGAAGGCACACUCCGGAGAGGGUUGGGUCCUUUGAAACUGUGAUUAACAAAAAUGCAUAAAUUAACAACUUUGGUUGGGGACAUCUCAUCUGCUUCAUCACAAUAAUCAAAUUCAGUGGAGAUGCAUUCCCUCCCGCAGUCACAGCAGGCCACAGGUAUUAUCAUUAUUACUAUUUACAAAGAUCAACUUCAAAUGGUGUCACACGGCAAGGCUUGCCGUCAUAGGGGAAAAAAUUCAGUACGUACAUAUAAUAGAGAAAGAGAUUGAUUGAUUAAAUACGUUUAGUUUUAAUGGGCGUAAAAUUAGAUUUUAGGAAUGUAUUACUCACUUUUUCUUUCGUUGAUAUAUAUUUAAAUUUGAUUUAGAGAGGGUGGGAUUUCAGAGGAUUUAUUUUUUCAGACUACUUUUCUAUAAUUGGAUUAAUAAUUCGUUGGGA